AAAGAAAGUUCGAGCAAAUAUUUAUUUUUAGAUUCUUUUGUCUAUUAGAAAAAGAGAUAAUCUACUAUUUUUCCCUUUAGCAAAUCUAAAAUUCAAUAAAAUAAAUAAAAUAACUAGGAGACUGAAAAUGAAAGUCUCUUUCUCGGAUCUAUUCUUCAUCACACUGUUGGAACAAAACAAAAAUACCGGAUGCAACGAUAUUGAAAUAUUUGUUACAUGAAGCCACGAUCUGAUAGAUAUACAUCGAAAUCGACAAUCUACUUAAUAUAGAUAUAUAAUCUAGAUAGAAAUUAAUCUUUGAUCUAGAAUCAAAGAAAGAUAAUAAAUGGCUCUUAUGGUGUGACUUGGAAGAAAGGUUUAUCUGUAGAGGAAAGGAAUAACAAUUUAUUCCUAUAAUUUUUCCUAUAGAAAAUCUAGUAACAAGAAGAUUUAAUCGGAAAUAUCGACAAAUUCUUGUGCAGUCCAAAACAAAAAAAUGAAAUAAAAAAAAAAUCAACUGCUCCAAUUUCAUCUCUAUCGAAUUUUAAUAUCAGAAUAGCGAAUAUAGUCAUGAUUCAAUAGGUCAGGUCCACUUCCUUUUUCUUUUGUUGAUUUCUAACCUUUCAAAUGGAUUUGGUUGGUAUAAUGGAAAAUAGGAAUAUUCGGUGGGUGAUUCAAGAAGUGACUUUUCAUUAUUCAGAAAGUCAUAAUAAUGAAAAUUGACUAAACAAAUGUUCAACUUUAUAACUAAGUAUAAUGAUAAUGUAUUAUCCAGUUAGUUACUUUUUUUAUUACAAAUCAAAAUACAAUUCUCCCCUUAAAUAUGAAUACUAGAUUGGAGUUUUACAAAGCCCCUUAUCGGAUUUGAACCGAUGACUUACGCCUUACCAUGGCGUUACUCUACCACUGAGUUAAAAGGGCCUUUUUUAUUUAAUUCCGGAAUUAUUCACUAUGUGGAUAAAAUAUCUAUAUGUACAUAUAUUAUAAACAUAAGUAUAUAUGCAUUAAAUACGUGCAGUAGAUACAUAGUGUCUAGUGGCUCAUGGAUUUACCUAGGAAGUCUAGGAGAAAAUGCAAUGAAGUGUUUCAAGACCGACUCGAAUUGCUUUUUUUCUUUUAUUGAAUUGAUCCCACCAGAACAAAAUUCACUUGAUUAAUACAUGUACAUACACCUAGCAAUUCAACAUAAAAUUCAAGAUAUUUCAUCGAAUCAUGGAAUGAAGAGAUUCUACUUGUCUCUUGAACUAAAUUCUUGGAUAAAAAACAAUUUUCUGCUUGAUCUUACUAGAUUUCUCAUUUGUUAAUUUCCUGUCUUGGUGGGAGGGAGAUAAGGAUAUCUCGUCUUAACAAUGAAUCAAAUGAAAGUGAAAGAAAUCGAAAUAAAAUUCUAAAUACUAAAAUAAUCGAAAUAAAUUCAAUUGAAAUAAUUCAAAAAUAAAAAAAAUACUACUACUAGAUUUUAGAUUUCUAAUGGCGAUUAGAAUGAAUAAUUCAUCAGAAUAAAAAAUAAUUCUAUGCAAUUCUGAAAGGGGGAAAGAUCCCUCGGAUAGAAUCAUUCGAUUAUAUUGACAAUUUCAAAAAACUGAUCAUACUAUGAUCAUAGUAUGAUGGCCGUUGGUCAAGCGGGCCCCCAUCGUCUAGUGGUUUAGGACAUCUCUCUUUCAAGGAGGCAGCGGGGAUUCGAAUUCCCCUGGGGGUAGGGUACUACGAAAGGAAGUUGAUCUUGGAUUACCAAUAAGUCUAAAAUUGAUUCUUCCUGGGUCGAUGCCCGAGCGGUUAAUGGGGACGGACUGUAAAUUCGUUGGCAAUAUGUCUACGCUGGUUCAAAUCCAGCUCGGCCCAAUAAUUCGACAAUCCACCAUGAGAUGAUAUAACCCCUUUGUACUUCAGAAAUACCCGAUCCGGAGAUAAAAAAGAAUCAAAUUUUCUGCUAGAUCCCGUAUUUCCCUGGGAUUGUAGUUCAAUUGGUCAGAGCACCGCCCUGUCAAGGCGGAAGCUGCGGGUUCGAGCCCCGUCAGUCCCGACGGAUCCAAUAUAAAUCUCUCCCUUUUUAUGAAGGGGACGGGGGGCAGAAUUUCAUUGUCAAAGCAAAGGGGAAAUCCUUAUUUCUUUUUUCUUUCCUUUGGGUAAUAUGCGGUUGGAUUAGUACAAUUAUUGGUAGCAUUAUAGUCAGUAUUCCAAGAAAUGCUGGCUUUUUCGAUUGACCCCGAUGCAUGUAAUGGAAUCGGGUACUAUACCUUUUUGAGGCGCGCAUACACAAAGGGAAUUCUUUUCUUGUCCAAUACAAAAUUGAAUAUAAGAAAAUACUUUCCAGAAAAAACAAAAAAAAAACAAUUUAUUUUUCUGGAUACGGAUUUAUGGAACCUCACUUACUAGUUUGAAGUUGAAAAAUAGAUUUCAUGCAAAUUGCACACUGAGCUUUUGGUAUAGGUGUCCCGGGGCUAAUAAUCUACGAAGAAAGGAGGGGGAAGGACAGAUCAACCAAAGAUCCUACUCCUCUUAGAAAGGGGAAUGAAUCAUUUUUCCGAUUUUUCAUUUUGUUUUAAUGCCCCAUCGACGAAAGAACAAAUUGAAAAAUAGUAAAUUUGAUGAAUAUUCAUUUUAUACGGUCGCAUCUUUAUCACACUUCUUUGUCUUCCAAGUCAAAAAUAGUUUCGUUCUAAACUCCUUUCUUUUUCCAUUUAGCUUUUAUUGUUUGUUUGGGUUUGUAACUAUGUGACCACUGGAAGUGGAAGAGCUGUUUGAUGAGACUUCAUCAGAUGAUUGUACAAGAAGGAACUAGAUAGAUUAGAGAGAAAAAAAGAACAAAUGAUAAAAAAUGAUAAAUAAAGGAAUUUUGGUUGGAUUGGGUCAGGAAUCCAAGUUUGGGGCGGUAUGGAUAAAAGAACUUCCUAUGUUAUACUAUUCAAUUCUCGACGACGAAUUGAUUUGAUAGUUCAGAUAUUGUUAUUCAUGAUAUUGAUCCGAUUCAAGAUCAUCGAGAGGUAAUAUUCAUUCAUUGAAUUUACAGGCCAAAGAUUUAUCAUCUCUAUGGGAUUAAAUCCCGAGUUAUUGCGAAGUAAAAAACCGAUGAGAUUAUGGAAGUAAAUAUUCUUGCAUUUAUUGCUACUGCACUAUUUAUUCUAGUUCCUACCGCUUUUCUACUUAUCAUUUACGUAAAAACAGUCAGUCAAAACGAUUAAUUAUUAACUAAUUUGAAUGAAACUUGACUUCUGAGUUCUUAGCCAAAAUUGCCGAAAUAAAAUGAAAAAGAUUCCAAUUUCAUGUCUUAAAUGAAAUGAGUGGACUAGAAUCGGCAGUAUUCUAAUAGAUAGAUAGUAUGGUAGAAAGAUUCAUCUAUUUCUUUCUACCAUACUAUUUAUUAGUUAGAUUGUAGCUGCUCCCUGGACUAAAAUAAAGAUAGAGGCUGCAUUUGAUAUGGAUCUAUAGAUCAAUCCACAAUAUUAUCUUGAUAUAUGUGAAUAUCAAUUCCAUAUAUGGGAGUGACAUAGCAUCCAAUUCCAUUUAUUUGCUAUAUCUAUUUGUUCUGAUCAAUCUGAAUUACUCUUAUGUCUUAUAGUUUGAAUUACUAUAUUUUUUAUUUCCAAUAUGAAUCUCGGUAUCUAUUGAAAGAAUCAAAUCAAUGAAGGAAAAGCGAUAGAUAUAGGCAUAUUCAAAAAAUCACGUAGUAAUCUUUUUUUUUAACAUUCCCAAUAAGUAAUUGAGUAAACCAUUGACAGUAGUUCCACGGGCAUCGAAAAGGAAGAGUAAACCUCACUGAUUUUUAACGCCUGAACCAUGAUAUGAAAUAAGUCGAUAAAGUAUAAAUCCAAUUUUAAAAAUUCGAAAGCGGUAAAUGCGCAAUAUGUGACCCACCUGACAACCUUAUUCUGCAUAGUAUCUCGUUAGACAACCAUUAUGUUUAUAUCCCUUCUUUCUCAUACAAAGUGCGUAUACACUUAACAAAAAACUUCUUCUUUGAACAGUAAAGAAAGAAACAAAUAAAAAAAGGGUCCGGCCCUCCUCAGUAUCACCUAGUAAGAGGCCGUUGAUUGGACUAGAAAAUUUAGGAAGAAUUAGGUUAAAAUAAAUUUCCUGGGAUCCUCUUCCUUUCGAACUACAAACAUGGGAAUCGUUGAAAUAGCUCUUUGAUUGAAGGAGGAUGAUUCCUAUAAUACAUUACUCCAGUCGAGUCCAAUGGAAUUUCAAAAUGAAGAUAUUUUUAUUUUGUUCCAAACGUGUUGCAGAACGAUCUAGAAAGCAAUUGAUAUUGAUACAGUUUGCUUCCUUAACUCAAUUAGUAGGACCCCUAGAGUCCACUCCUUCCCCACACUACGAGUGAAAGGGAAAAAGUAAAGACUACCAUUAAAGCAGCCCAAGCAAGACUUACUAUAUCCAUAUGAAUUAUGUCCCCUAUCUCUAUAAAUAUAAAGGAAUUGUUCCAUUAUUCCUCACUAAUAAUAGUGGAAUCAAUGGCGCAGAGUCAAAAAGAACGAAGACUAUUAAUAAACCAAUCCGAUAAAUUCGCUCAUUUUAUAAGAAAUUCCUAUAUGAUUUCUAAUCGGGAAAGAUUAAACACAAGCAAAAUCCGCAGUAAGGAAUGUUACUAAUGGAACAUGUAGGAAUAAUAGGUCCUAUUCUUUUUUUGUUGACCCUCAUUUCAAUUGAUUGGAUGCUUGAGCACUCAGAGAUUUUCGUGAGUUCCUCGUAUAUAAUAAAGUAUCUUCCGCCCCCUUCCACAACUAUUUAUAUUUCCUAUCGGGCUCUCCAAUCUAACCGAAGGUCCAGUCAUUAUACAAUGGAUUAAUAAUAUAAAAUUUUUAUUUGUAGUAGAAGGUAAUUGCGAAGUCUUGAUAGCCCCUCUAGCAUUCGAAUAUUUCCUUGAAGCCUAGCCUAAGCCUAAAUAUGCAAUGAUAUGCAAUGCAAGGAUAUUUAAAAUUUUUUAGAAAAACCCCCCAGACCAGAUGUUUAGAAUCAAACAAGUAUCAACAGUCUGCCUUCUCUGCUUCUGCUGGGGAAUCGUUCGGCGGGUUAUAUCAACA